GACGCAACAGGCACAGCUUCUGUCAAGGGCAUCGGAAACUAACGCCGGCUAAGGCUAGCAGCGGCUGUUUGCACGUGUAUUGGCAGAAGCUCCGCAAAGGUGAGUUUGAAGAACACGACUGAGGCGGAAAUGGACGGCUUUGGUUCAGACUUCUCAGCAGGAGGGUCCGGCGGGAAAAUGGACACCGGUACCAUCAUGGAGCAGGUCAAGGUCCAGAUCGCGGUGGCUAACGCUCAGGAGCUGCUGCAGAGAAUGACCGAUAAAUGCUUCAAGAAGUGCAUAGGCAAGCCUGGAAGCACACUGGACAACUCUGAGCAGAAGUGUAUCGCCAUGUGUAUGGACCGCUAUAUGGACGCCUGGAACACCGUGUCCCGAACAUACAACUCCAGACUGCAGCGAGAAAGAGCUCGCAUGUGAACUCUCUUCAUCUUUCCCUUCUUCAGGCUGCUGCACACAGCGAGGGCCGAUGCAGUGCUCUGCAGGAGGGCCUGCGCCGUGCACGACUUUGCCACGCAGCGGCGCAACAUCUGUCACAGUACCUCUGACAGGCAGAGCACAGCCUGUGGACUGCAGCCAUAACGGUGUCUCUGUGGACAGUUUUAUUUUGCUCUGAGGAACAGUUCACUACCAAUGUUAAAUCGAUUGUGUGUUUUACGUUAGAAAUAUAAUCAGUCAUCUUCUGCGGGUUCUUGCCAUGCUGAUUGGAAACACUAAAUUACCUGCUUAGGUGUGAAUGUGUUUUAAAGUGUUUGCUGAUGCUGUGGCAGGAGGCGGAGCCUGCUGUGCUGCUAUAAGGACUCCAGGUGCAGUUUGGCUCAAUAGGCCCAGCUUACUUACUGUGACUCAUCUCCCUGCCCAUCGAAUGCUUCUGCCUGUAAUACCAAUAACAGUAAACGUCUCCCAGUCA